AUGGACCACAAGUCCAUGGCUGACUCAGGUGUAGACUCCUUGGCAGUGUUUAUGGCCAGCAGCGGAACCACAGAUGUCGCGAAUCGAAACAGCCCAGCCACUCCACCAAAUACCCUUAAUCUCCGUUCCUCCCACAAUGAACUGUUGAAUGCUGAAAUAAAACACACAGAAACCAAGAACAGCACACCCCCUAAAUGCAGGAAAAAAUAUGCACUGACUAACAUCCAGGCGGCCAUGGGCCUCUCUGAUCCAGCCACACAACCCCUGCUGGGGAACAGCUCUGCCAACAUCAAACUGGUGAAAAAUGGGGAGAACCAGCUCCGGAAAGCUGCAGAUCAAGGGCAGCAGCAGCAGGACCCCAACAAAAACAUCAACCCUGCUGCAGUCAUAAACAUCACUUCUGAGAAAUUAGAGGGUAAAGAGCCCCAUCCACAGGAUUCCUCUGGUGGUGAAAUUUUACCCUCCCAGCCCAGGAGAACCAAGAGCUUCCUCAAUUACUAUGCAGACCUGGAAACCUCAGCCAGGGAACUAGAACAGACCCUGGGCAACUGCCAUGGGGUUGUGGAAGAGAAAUCUCAGCCAGGCCAGGGUCAGGCUGCCACCAUCCUUGGGAACGGGGAUUUGCUGCUGCAGAAACCAAACAAGCCCCAGUCCAGCCCUGAAGAUGGCCAAGUCGCCACAGUGUCAUCCAGUCCAGAGACCAAGAAGGAUCAUCCUAAAACAGGGGCUAAAACUGACUGUGCUCUCCACCGGAUCCAGAACCUGGCACCGAGCGACGAGGAGUCUAGCUGGACAACAUUGUCUCAAGACAGCGCCUCCCCCAGCUCGCCGGAUGAAACAGAUAUAUGGAGUGAUCACUCAUUUCAGACGGAUCCGGAUUUGCCGCCUGGCUGGAAAAGAAUCAAUGACAUCGCUGGGACCUAUUACUGGCACAUCCCAACGGGAACGACUCAGUGGGAACGCCCAGUCUCCAUCCCGGCAGACCUUCAGGGUUCUAGAAAAGGGUCACUUAGUUCUGUAACGCCAUCUCCCACCCCAGAGAAUGAGGACUUGCAUGCAGCCACUGUUAACCCAGACCCCAGUCUAAAAGAGUUUGAAGGAGCAACACUACGCUAUGCAUCUUUGAAGCUCAGAAAUGUCCCACAUGCUGAUGAUGACGAUUCUUGUAGUAUCAACAGUGACCCGGAAGCCAAGUGCUUUGCUGUACGCUCUCUGGGCUGGGUGGAAAUGGUAGAGGAGGACCUCGCCCCUGGUAAGAGCAGCGUGGCUGUCAACAACUGCAUCCGGCAGCUUUCUUACUGCAAAAACGACAUCCGAGAUACAGUCGGCAUCUGGGGAGAGGGGAAAGACAUGUACCUGAUCCUGGAGAACGACAUGCUCAGCCUGGUGGACCCCAUGGACCGCACAGUGCUCCACUCGCAGCCCAUCGUGAGCAUCCGCGUAUGGGGCGUGGGCCGAGACAACGGCCGGGAUUUUGCUUACGUAGCACGAGACAAAGAUACAAGAAUUUUGAAAUGUCAUGUAUUUCGAUGUGACACGCCAGCAAAAGCCAUCGCCACAAGUCUCCACGAAAUCUGUUCCAAGAUUAUGGCCGAACGGAAGAAUGCCAAAGCCUUGGCCUGCAGUUCCUUACAGGAAAGGACCAAUGUGAAUCUUGACGUUCCUUUGCAAGUAGAUUUUCCAACACCAAAGACGGAGCUGGUCCAGAAGUUCCACGUGCAGUACUUGGGCAUGUUACCUGUAGAUAAACCAGUCGGAAUGGAUACCCUGAACAGUGCCAUAGAAAGUCUUAUAACCUCAUCCAACAAGGAGGAUUGGCCAUCGGUGAACAUGAAUGUAGCCGAUGCUACCGUCACUGUCAUCAGUGAAAAAAAUGAAGAGGAAGUCCUAGUGGAGUGUCGCGUGCGAUUCCUGUCCUUCAUGGGCGUCGGGAAGGACAUCCACACAUUUGCCUUCAUCAUGGACACUGGGAGCCAGCGUUUCGAGUGCCACGUGUUCUGGUGUGAGCCGAACGCGGCCAACGUGUCCGAGGCGGUGCAGGCUGCUUGCAUGUUACGAUACCAGAAGUGCUUGGUAGCCAGGCCGCCCUCACAGAAAGUUCGACCACCUCCUCCGCCAGCAGACUCCAUGACCAGAAGAGUCACAACCAAUGUAAAACGAGGGGUCUUAUCCCUCAUUGACACUUUGAAACAGAAACGUCCUGUCACAGAAACGCCGUAGGAUUCUGAAGAUGCAAUAGCUACACUAAAGAAAGACAAACCAACUGGUGUCUGGCCUUCCAUUCAGUUGCUGAUGCUUGGUCUUCAGAGAAUUUAUCCUUAACAGCCACAGUGUUAGACUAGCAUGGUUUCUCGUCUUGCCACCAUCAUGUGAUAAUGAAAAGCAUGAAGACGUUUGUUUGGUUUUGUUUUUUAUUUUUGCUGUCAGUAAGUUACAUCUGGAGCAGUGGAAGGUUUUUUUCUCACUGUAAAUAUUGUGAACACUGCACCACGUCACACCCAGAGCAGCACGAGGCCACAGCCCUCCCAGGGAGCUCCCGCUGAGUCCU